CAGAACUGGAGGUAGCAGAAAUGAAGAUGCCCAGGUUCUCUCUAGGAGUGAGCAGGUUGGAUAGGAUUAGAAAUGAGCUGAGGAUGGAGCUGCCAGGUAAAAGAGGGAGAGGAAGACCAAAGAAAAGGUUGAUGGAUGUGGUGAGGGAGGACAUAAGGACUGUGGGUGUUAGAGAGGAAGAUGCACGAGAUAGGCUGAGAUGGAAAAAAGAUGGCACGCUGUGGUGACCCCUAAUCGGGACAAGCAGGAAGGAAAAGAAGAAGUCAAGCAAUGUGUGUGCGUCCUCCCUAUGGAAAUUGCAGUAUAGACAAAGUGUACUUCUUACUGUAGUUGAAAAUGCAGAAGCAGUAGUUUCUUAAGGCUGAACGUCACUGUCCUUUCUCUCUCUCUCUCUCUCUCUCUCUCUCUCUCUCCCCCUUCUUUUCUCUCUCUACUGUCAAAUGCUUUCUUAACUACUGCAGUUUGCGUCUCUCCUCCUCUUUCGCUAACUCGGAUUUCCAUCCAUUUCCCACCCUUCCAACUAACUCGGCCUUUAUUUUUACGGAGCAUUGGCAAGAAAAGAGUGUUUUUUUUUUUUUGUUGUUUUUUUGUUUUUUUAUACUUGUGUGUGAAGCUGUGCAACCUGUGAAGUCCGAACAUCAGGCCAAAUUUGGAGGAGGACGGCGCUACAAAUGCGACUCCGCGGCGGUGGGGCAGCACCCUAGCGCCCUCUACUGACCGGCAGUCACUGGUUUCUACGACACGCCGGCACUGCCGUGACAAGAGCGGAUAUUCCAUCUUCUGCACCAGUUUUUGCAGUUCCGUGUGACAAUGAGCUGGAGUUUCCUGACCCGGUUGCUGGAUGAGAUCUACAACCACUCCACGUUUGUGGGCAAGCUGUGGCUCACCGUCCUCAUCAUUUUCCGCAUCGUGCUGACCGCCGUCGGGGGAGAGUCCAUCUACUACGACGAGCAGAGCAAGUUCGUCUGCAACACGGCUCAGCCGGGCUGCGAGAACAUCUGCUACGACGCCUUCGCGCCGCUCUCGCACGUGCGCUUCUGGGUCUUCCAGAUCAUUCUGGUGGCCACGCCCUCGGUCAUGUACCUGGGCUACGCCCUGAACAGGAUCGACCUUGUGGAGGAGCAGGCGGAGCGCGGCGGGGCGGGCGGUCCGUCCCGCAGGACAACCAAGAAGCGUCGUCUCGGCGACGAUAGGAAGCGGCGCGCCGCGGCGCAAGUGCGGCGGGACGAUGAAGAAACCGAGGCGAUGAUCUACGAGAAGGCGGAAUCGGAGGACAAGGGGGCGACCGAAGGGGGCGACGGACAAGCGGACGUCAAGGCGCGCCACGAUGGGAGGCAACGCAUCAAACAGGAUGGUCUGAUGCGGAUGUACGUCUUGCAGCUGCUCGUGCGCUCCGUCCUGGAGGUGACCUUCUUGGCCUUGCAGUACUACUUGUACGGCUUCACCAUGCCCGCCGCCUACGUGUGCUCGACCAAGCCGUGCCCCCACGACGUGGACUGCUUCGUGUCGCGCCCCACCGAGAAGACCGUCUUCCUCCUCAUCAUGUACAGCGUCUCCUUUCUCUGUCUGGCCCUCAACAUCUGGGAGAUGCUCCAUCUGGGCGUCGGUACCAUCUGCGAGAUUCUGAGCACCCGCGACUGGGGCCUCCCAGACGAAGAGCCCAUCGGGGUGUCACGGGGUUCGGACAGCGAAGAAUACGACAGCUACACCUCGCCUUGGAACACGCCAUCCGCCCCGCCAGAGUACAACAUCGCCGUCAAGCCCAUCGUGGUGUACACGCGACUCCCUGCCCAGACGCUCCCUGCCCUCGAGUUGGCCAAAAUUAAAACGCCGUCGCAGCAGAACCGCGCCAACGCGGCCUACGAGGACUGCCGGCGUUACGCCGACGGUAAAGACGACCCAACGGCCGCUGCUCCUCGGGGUACCAACGAAAAGGAGCCUUCACUUCAGCCCCAAAAGGAGGCGGACACUCAGCGGAACCUCAGAAGCAACAACCGCAAACCCCCACGUGAACACAAACACGCCAAGCAGACGUCCGGCAAUGCAAAGCGCGGCAGCAGCACCGCCAAGUGCUUCAAAUACGGUGAGAUAAAGGAAUCCGAUUGGAUCUGAACAUGCGGAAAUUCGAUUCACUGCCAGAGUGAUACUGGAUUUCUUUUUUAAAUGACUCUAACGCCACCAACACCAGGAUACGCAUUGUUUUGGGUUUUUCUCAGUUUUUCACUUUGGCAGUUUUCUCCGGGCAGGCCGGCUUUCUCCCGCAUUGCAAUUCGACUACAGUUUGGUGCCGCAGAAACCGGAACCACCGAGACCGUCCGCCAUCUUCCCGGACAAGGCAUCCAAAGACAGAAGCUGGUUGAACAUUGUGAAUUUAGUGAAUGCAAUAUCACAAUCAGAAUCAUCCGUGUUGCGGAUUCACGGAGAUGUCCGCGACGUCCGAGAGUGCCGGCAUAGACGAGAU